CCCGUUUAUUCCGUUAUCAGCCUGCUGCUGUCAGUGAACACACACAUACCGUGCUUACUUACACACACAGAGGUUCAACAUGUGAGCUACUGAUGCUGCGAAGAUGAAGCACUCAUAGCUGCACCGGCUGUUGUGAAACGCAUGGAUUAUGGAUGGAAUAUGGAUAUGUUGCCAAAUCCUACUUUUUGUUAGUGUUUUUGUAAAUUCAUCGCUGCAUGAUGGCGACGACGCUUCUUGCGAUGGAGCUUUUGAUGUUUAUUUUGUUUUGGACAGGUCAGGCAGUGUGGCGAGACACUGGGAUGAGAUCUAUGGAUUUGCGGAGCAGCUCACCAACAGGUUUGUCAGUCCCAGGAUGAGGGUUUCCUACAUAGUCUUCUCAGCCAAAGCAGUUGUAAUACUUCCACUAACUGGAGACAGGUCCAAAAUAGAUGAGGGUUUGAAGAAGCUGAGCCAAAUCAAACCUGCCGGUGAAACUUACAUGCACGAAGGCAUGAAAGCGGUGUCGGAGCAGAUGAAGGCACAAACUUCGCCAUCAUCUACCAUCAUCAUCAUUCUGACUGAUGGCAAGCUGGAGGUCUACCCCUUUGAUCUAAGUGUACAAGAGGCUGACAAAUGCAGAGGGUUUGGAGCCAGAGUGUACUGUGUCGGGGUCAUGGACUUUGAUCACAAACAGCUUGCUGAAAUAGCAGAUGGCACAGAGCAAGUCUUCCCAGUUUUGUCCGGGUUUCAUGCCCUCAAAGACAUCGUCAACUCGAUUCUGAAGCAGUCAUGCACAGAUGUGUUCACAAUAGAGCCGUCAAGUGUUUGUGUGAACGAGUCUUUCAAUGUGGUGCUGAGGGGCAGCGGCUUCAGCGGAUCCAAGAGAGCAGACAACGUACUCUGCUUCCUUACUGUCAAUCAAAACACAUACAACCAGAAGCCAACAGUAGUUAGAGAUGGCUAUCUGCUGUGCCCAGCUCCUGUUCUGCAUGAGGUUGGACAAUCAAUUGAAGUGCUGGUUAGUAUGAACAAUGGACAAUCUUACAUCUCCACUCCCGUCACCAUCUACGCCACAACAUGUUCUAAUGGGACCUGGGUGCUCUGGUUGCUGUUGGCUCUGCUGCUGUCACUGGCUCUGGGUUUGCUCUGGUGGUUCUGGCCUCUUUGCUGCACUGUGGUGAUCAGAGACCCACCCCCAUCUCGCCCCCCUCCUCCUCCUCCUCCUCCUGUCAUUGAGCCGGAAGAGGAUCUCUCACCCAAACAUAGGUGGCCCACAGUGGACGCUUCAUACUAUGGAGGGAGAGGUGCUGGAGGAAUCAAACGCAUGGAGGUGCGGUGGGGACAGAAGGGCUCCACAGAGGAGGGGUCACGGCUGGAGAAAGCCAAAAACGCAGUGGUCACUAUGCCAGAGGAAGUGGAGGAGCCCAUCAUACCCCGACCCCCACCGAGACCUCCUCCAGUCUACAGCCCCCCCUUACAAUCCAAAUGGUACACUCCCAUCAAGGGGCGUUUUGAUGCGUUGCUGGCAUUACUGAGGAGACAGUACGACAGAGUGGCAAUCAUGAGGCCAACACCUCAGGGCAAGGGCCGCUGCAUUAACUUCACCAGAGUUCAGAGUCACUGAUGUUCAAACAUGAGGAUCAACACUUUUCACUUUAUUCCUGUUUUUUGAGUGUAGAGAUUCAGUGUGUAUUGUAAAUAAAUGCUUUUACUUAUA